GAUUGGUGGCACGCUCCUGGAUAUGCAAAUGAGCAGCUCCCGCGGCACGGGGCACGCCGGAGGCGGCUCCAUUCAUCUUUGUUUUCGCCCAUUGUGCGCGUGCGGUAUAAAAGCGGGCUGAGGUCGGUCGUGUGCCACACUCGUCCUCACGCGACGCCACUCGCACCCGAGCCAAGCCGACACACAUGGACGCGCACGAUGACGUUUUCCCCCUCAGCGACGACGACGACGACUCCCGCGCCAGCACGCGCUCCGCAUCCCCGCCGCCGCAGAAGAAGAACCGGCGCCGUCGGGCGCGCGCGCGCAGCGAGGCCACCGUGCGCGUGGUCCGAAAGACCCGGCGUCUGAAGGCCAACGACCGCGAGCGGAACCGGAUGCACAACCUCAACGGCGCCCUGGACCAGCUGCGCCGCGUGCUUCCGGCGCUCCCGGACGAGAGCAAGCUGACCAAGAUCGAGACCCUCCGCCUGGCCCACAACUACAUCUGGGCCCUGGCCGAGACCCUGCGCCUGGCGGACCGGGUCGGACCCCCCCGGGACGGACCGGCGCAGUCCGGCUGGUUCUCCCGCUGCAGGGACUCUUCAUCGUCCUCGUCCUCGUCCUCCUCUUCCUCGCCCGCCUCCAGCCCGGGCAGCCCGCACGCGCACGAGGCCGCGCUCUUCGGCGUCUUCUGAGCGCUGCACCCGAGAGACGCAAAAGUUGAAAGGUCACCUCGCCAAUUAGUCGGCGGACGUUUCACACUCCAGACUCAUUAAUUAUUCAUGAGGACUUUGCUUUAUUUAUUUGUGAAUGUUUUUGUACAUACAAAAAAGAUUUUAUUCUAUUUACUCACUGACACUUUUGCAAUAAAAAGUUUUUACUUUUUUAUGAAGCAUUCUACAAA